AUGGUUAGUCUAGAGCUCAGCUGUUCAGAGUCUGCUUAGGCAUGCGUUUGUAAAGCAAGCUCUUUUUACCUAACUUGGAUCAUUUUUGCCAUGUCUUCUCCACACCCAAGGAACAAAGCACGCCGAGGCAGCUAUGAUGGAAUUUUACCCAACAAGAACACACUCCAUAAGGCUUUGGCUCAGAGGAGAUGUUCAGCACCUUCCCUUGUGUUUCCUAAAUCUCUCAGCAAACCAUGGUCUACAGGAAGGGAGAACACUGGGUGUUCCAUAUCCAUUGAGCAAUGCCCCUUUGUCCUGGGGUUAUCCAAUGAAGAUUCAGAGCUCAUUUUACAUGAAUGUGUACAGCUUACUCAGGAUUUGAAGACAAAAGAGAGAUACCUCUUCCUCUUCAGUGAUAUGAUUAUAAUUGCCAAGCUGAAGUCUGGCACCAGUUUCAGAUUAAAGCACCGAGUACACCUGUCUGAGAUGAUGGUUCUGUCAUGUGAUGAAGAAGAAGAGGAUGAGGAACAUGCAUGUGCUUUCCAUAGUUCUCCAAAGAAUGCGCUCAUCUUUAUCUGGCCUUGUAAUGGUUGUAUUGCAUCUUUCCGCUCCUGUGAAGUGAAGGAACUCUGGCUGGAUACACUUGUGUGGCAGAUACGAGAAGUUGGUGGCAUUGAGGGCACCACUGUACCCUGUGCACGAUUACUAAUGAAGGUUCUCACAGGCUGCAAUGCUUCUAAAGCUCUGGUUGCCAACAACAUGGAGAGCCUAAUUGAAUGCCAUACAGAGGCAGAUGCAAAGAAGUAUCAGCUACUGGCAGCCAUGAUCAGUGAGGAUCCCAACUGUCAUGUGAUUGAGAGCAAUAAGAAAAGAAAAGCAGUAAUUUCCUGGCCCUUUACUUUGAAGCGAAAUGCCACAGUGUCAGAACCCCCAAGUCCUCCAGAGUUAAAGGCAACUUUAUUUGACCAACCACUGUCCAUUGUGUGUGAAGAGGACAACCUUCCUAAAGCAAUCCUUGACAUUUUAACCAUACUACGUAUACAAGGUCCCUUGACUGAAGGGGUUUUUCGUAAAGCUGCCAAUGAAAAAUUUCGUAAGGAGUUGAAAGAAGACCUAAACUAUGGAAGAGACUUGGACUUAAAAAGCAAAUCUGUGCAUUUACUGGCAGUUGUGUUUAAGGACUUCCUGCGUGGUAUUCCUCACCAGCUGCUAUCAUCAGAACUUUACAAUGAAUGGAUGAAUGCUAUGGAACAGCCAACAUUAGAAGGAAGAAUUAAGCAGAUGCAAUGUGUUGCAGACAAACUGCCACAACCAAACCUCAUCUUAUUACAACAUUUGAUGUGUGUUCUUCAUCACAUUAGCAAUGCUUCAGAUAUUAACAAGAUGGAUUCCAGAAAUUUGGCUGUUUGCAUUGCUCCAAACAUGCUUGUAUCACAGGUUGAUCAGGAUCUUGCCCUAGAAACUCAGAAAGAGUUAAAUAAAAAGGUUACAACACUAGUCGAGUUCUUCAUAAAUAAUUGCUUGGAAAUGUUUGGGGACCACAUAUCACAAUUACUUUGUACUUCUGAAGAGGAUUCCUUAGAAAAUAUUGAUACUACAGAACUUUCAUCUCAUCAGAAUGACUCUGCCUAUGACAGCACUGAUCCAGAUCAUGACUGCCAUGCCAGUGCACUAACAAGACACCACAACGAGCAGUGGGGCCUAAACAGGGCUAUUGGUGAGAAGUACACAGAAGAAGGAGUUCUAAAUCUCCUGGAUUCUACUUUAGGCCAGAUUAAAUGUGAAGCCAGCAGCAUGGACCGAAGGUGCUCAGAACCAUACAUUUUUCCCUCCCAGAAUGACAUAACAAUAGCAGGAAAGAAGCUUACAAGAAGUCAUGAUGAUGUUGCAGUUAGAAAACAAAGAUGUAGUGAUGUUGAACUGUCCACUCAUACUCAUCAAACAUAUUGUGAUAAAGCUUCAUAUAGGAAGAAUAUGCCAAAAGGUCUAAAGAUUAAUACCAGCUAUACUUCAGAUACUGCAGAGCAACUUUUAUCAGCUGCAUCCUCCAACUGUUCUAUUGACAGCUCUUAUUCAGACUGCUCUGUUUUCACCAGCUCUCCAGUGGUAUCUCCUUUAAGCCCAAAGAAAAAUGACUUUGUGAGGCACAAAUCAUUCUGUAUGAAAAAUAAAGAUUUAAGCGACACUAUCAAAGCCAGUAAAGAAAUGAAAAAACAUUCAAAUUCCUUCUGUUAUGUAAACCACAAAAGACUGGUAACCAAGACACAGAGCUGGGGUCCUGAUGGUAACAACAGAGAAAUGCAAAAAAAUGAGUUAAUCAGGAGUGUCCCUAAUAAAAGUCAACAAGAGUUAGAAGGUACACGGGACACUGCUUUCCAUCAGCCACAAGUGGUAAAAAUAAGACCACCAUCCACACGAAGAAUAUCUGUUGAUGAGGUUUUCCGAAUGGUAGACCAAAAAAACCCUGGUAAACCCCCAUCCUAUGAAGAGGCUAUCAAUAAAAAUGCAUCCUCUCAUAAGAGCAUGACGGUUCACACCAUGAGAGCCAGUGUACCAAACAAUACCUGUUCUACACCUCCAUCAGUGAGUGACUCUUUAGUACAGUCUUGUAGUGCUCAUCACGAACCCAGCUCAUUCAGUGACAAGCAAUUGCCAAACUCCGAUGGGUUAACACAACCAAACUACCAGUCUCACAGAACAAAAUCAGACCUUGUCAGGACCAAGUCAGAGUCCUGUCACAGAAACAGGCAUGAAUGUAUAAGUCGGCGAUGUAGUCAACCUAUCUUUGAGAUCAUCUAUGAUCAGAUACAGUAUGCUAAAGAGUCCUAUGUUUAAAAUGUCUUUGCAAAUAUAUUAUAUACAAUAAAAUAAUGUACUGUAAAUAAUCAUAUCCGAUCCACUUUACUAGAUGGAUUGAAAAGGUCACAACUGGGCUUCCUCCUCCCUAACUAGCAUCCUGGAUCAUUCCAAGGUGUUCUACAUUACCUGUAACAUAAUAACUCCACAUUCUGCAUCAACCCAAAGCCCCUCCUUUCCCCAGUUGAAAUAACUUGGAAAACAUCUUUAAUGGGAACCCCUAAGGGUUCAUUCAUAUAAUAUGCCAAGAUUUAGACAUGUAAAUAUACAAUAUUUAAAAUACUAAGUGCAGAUAAUGUAUAAAAAGGACUUAUGUUUAUGUGGUUUAUGUGUGAGAUGGGUGGUCUUUUAAAAAAAUGAACUUUCUAGAAGAGUUCUCGUUCUCCCAUAUAUUUGAGAACAAUCAGUAGACACUUUUAUGAGAACAAAUGUUUCACAAGAUGAUGUUUCCUCAUGGUAGCUUUAACACUGGUAUGCUAAUAUUAGAUGUCGUUAGUGUAUGUCACUGUCUGAUAUAUAACUGUAGUAGUGUCAAUGCUGUGUUAAUCUAAAUACUGUACUCAUAUUUAUGUGGUUCCUUUGUAAUGUCACUUUGUAGUCCAUUCACUGUUCUAAGACAAGCUGUAAUGUGAAGCUUUUUUUGUUUUUUAAUGAAAAAUCAAACACAUUGGGUGAACCUACACUACAGUAAAGCACUUUCUUAGUUAUCAAGUUUUUAUAUUUUGUAAUAAAUUCAUUAAAAAAAAUAAACAUUUAUAACUACAUAA